AUGGAAGCUGAUGGCAACCUUGUAAAGGAUGAGUGUGAUCCCUCAGUGGAUAGUGUGUCAGUUGUUGACCGUGGUCCAGUGAGGAGACAUCUGAUGUCACACAAACGAAGAGGGCUGCAAGACAGUGAACUUGUUGUGUUCGAAGUUACUGCCAUGGUAGAUCCCGACUUUAACCCACCAAGUGGAUUCAGUUUGUAUGGUGGGACUGUAGGUGAUGUCAGGUUUGUUGAGUUUCUUGAUUCUGUGCAAUUGAUCAUUGAUAGUGGUGCUACUGUGGUGGAAGCUGGAAAUGUCGCUGAACCAACAGACCCACCAACAAGUACUCCAACCAACUUACCAACAAGUACUCCAACCAACCAACCUACCAAUGCACCAUCAGUAGGUCCAUCCAUGACUCAAUCAGACUAUCCAUCUGUCCAACCGUCGGUUGGUCCAUCUACGAAACCAUCAGAGGGCCCAUCUACGCAACCAUCCCUGUCAUCAGGUAGUCCAUCAGUUGCCCCAUCUCUCAGACCAUCCAGGACACCGUCGAUGUCACCAUCAGACAGUCCUUCCAUAGCACCUUCAACAGGUCCAUCGGAGACUCAAUCAGACUAUCCAUCUGUCCAACCAUCUUUUGGUCCAUCUACGAAACCAUCAGACAGCCCAUCUACGCAACCAUCCCUGUCAUCAGAUAGUCCAUCAGUUACCCCAUCUCUCAGACCAUCCAGGACACCGUCGAUGGCACCAUCAGACAGUCCUUCCAUAGCACCUUCAACAGGUCCAUCCGAGACCCAAUCAAACUAUCCAUCUGUCCAACCAUCAGUUGGUCCAUCUAGAAAUCCAUCGGACAUCCCAUCUAUGAAACCAUCAUUGAGUCAGUUCCCAUCUGUUACACCAUCAGGUCAACCAUCUAUGUCAUCAGAUAGUCCAUCCAGGACCCCAUCUCUCAGGCCAUCCAGCAGACCAUCGGUAACACCAUCGGUAACACCUUCAAUCAGUCCUUCCACAGCUCCAUCCAAUAGUCCCUCCAAGACAGCUUCUGAAAGCCCUUCUCUAAGACCAUCAUUGAGUCCAUCCACGGAACCAUCUGGCAGGCCAUCUCUCAGACCAUCAUUGAGUCAGUUCCCAUCUAUGAAACCGUCCAAUCAACCUUCCAGCCAACCUUCCAGCCAACCAUCUGGCAAUCCAUCGGUAGCCCCAUCUACCAGUCCUUCCAAGGCAUCCAAUAGCCCAUCCAUGCAACCAUCCGUGAUCCCUUCCAUGGAACCAUCGGGCAGGCCAUCUGCGCAACCAUCACUGAGCCAGGUCCCGUCUACCACGCCAUCCCACCAGCCAUCCUUGGCACCGUCAAAUCGCCCUUCCAUUGCCCCAUCUACCAACCCAUCCAGGACACCAUCCGGCAGGCCAUCUGUGCAACUAUCUACGUCACCUUCGAUGGACCCCUCCAGCAGACCAUCCAUGCAACCCUCGAGCAAACCAUCCAUGCAACCCUCCAAUAUUCCAUCUCAGGGUCGAUAG